UUUCCUCAGCCCCCGGCCGCCAUGUUGUGCUAGUUUUGUGCUCGGCGGCGGCGCCAACCGGUGACAGCCUUCGGCGGUCGCUCCAAGCGGGAGCGUCUUUCGUCGUUCCCUGUAGGCCCUCGCAAAACCGGGCGCCAUGGCAGGUGCUUUGGGAGGUGGCGGCGGCGGUGGCGCAGACGAUGACUUUGAUCAGUUUGAUAAGCCUGGUGCAGAAAGAUCUUGGAGGAGGAGAGCUGGAGAUGAUGACUGGGACAGUGAACUGGAUGACGACUUGCUAGGAGAAGAUUUACUGACUGGCAAAAAGACUCAGUCAGAUAUGUCAGAUGAAGAACUGAAUGAUGAUCUUCUGCAGAGUGACAAUGAAGAGGAUCAACACUUCAGUACCCAGGAUGUUGCUAUUAGUCUUAAUACUACAUCUGGCAUGGUUACAUCCUUUGAGCUCUCUGAAGGAGCAAACGAUCCAUCUGUCGAACAAGAUUCAGAAUACGAACAAGGGGAGGAUGAGUUGGCUUAUGACAAAUCAGAUGUGCCUGAAGAAUAUGCUGAAGAGUACGCAGAAGAAGGGCAGUAUGGAGGCCCAGAGGCUGAACUAACAGAAGACCAAAUAGAAUAUGGUGAAGAUCAGGGAGAAGAAGAGAUUUAUAAUGAUGAAGUGCUAGAUCUUGAAAUCAAUGAACCGCUAGAUGAAUUUCCAGAUGAAGAUUAUAUGCAGUCUUAUAGUGAGCAGCAAGUAAUGGAGGAACAAGAGGAAUAUGUAGCGGAAGAAGAACUGGAAGAAGUUGCUAACACCCAGACACCUCCAAAUGAAUCAGAAGAGGCUGUUAUGGAAAAUCUGGAACUUCAAGAGGAAACCAAAGAAGAGUCUGACGAAGAAGAUGAUGAUGAUGAAGAGUCCGGUCGAUUACGCUUCAAAACUGAGAGGAAAGAAGGAACAAUCAUCAGGCUGUCAGAUGUCACAAGAGAAAGAAGAAACAUUCCAGAAACCUUGGAACUUUCUGCAGAAGCCAAAGCAGCAUUACUUGAAUUUGAAGAGAGGGAACGGCAGCUUAAACAGGGGCGCUAUGGCUCAAGAAGAGGAGGAAGGCGAGGAGGGCCUUUAAUGUGUCGUGGAAUGGGGGAACAAAGAAGAGACAAUGAAAGGGGGAGACUGAAGGAUCACCGGCCUGCACUGCUGGCAACUCAGACAACUGUUACGUCUCAUUCACAAAGGAUCUUUCCUCAUCAGCAACCCAUUAGGAAUCUGUUUCAGCAGCAGCCGCCGCCACCGUUGCAGGGCCUGCUGCCCAUCCCUCCGCAGCAUCAUACACCGCCCCCUCCCCCUCAAGGGAUUCAUAUGCCGUCGCAGCUUGAAACACCAAGGAUACUGAUGACUCCUCCUCCUCCAGUGACAUCUCAGCAGCCCAAGAACAUACAUAUUAACCCACACUUCAAAGGGACCGUAGUCACCCCCGUACAAGAGACAAGUAGGUGGAGGCAAGGAACCAAAGAAAUUGACAAUCUGAAAAUGUUUGGAUCUGUGCCCUUGCUGCCAGUCCCAACCCAGCCAAGACCUGCUGUAGGACCCCAGAGAUUUCCUGGACCACCUGAUUUUCAGCAGAACCCUCCUGGACCUGUCCCUGCCAACUUCAGUCAAGCCCCCAGACUCCCCCUCCAAGAUCAAUGGCGAGGGCCGCCACCACCACCGCCACCGCUGCCGCCACCACCUCCACAGGACAGAGAGCCUUUCUUCAUGGGAGAGCCAAGAUUUCCUAGCCAUCACUUAUUUGAGCAACGGAGUCCACCACCACCUCCUCCUCCUCUUCUCAACAGCAGCCAUCCCGUUCCCAGUCAGAAUCCACUCCCUUUCAGUCAGCCUGGACCCGGUUUUAAUCAGCAAGGGCAGCAGCCCGUAUAUCCCAGAGAGAGGCUGGUUAGACCGAACAUGCAGCCUCAGGGUCCUGUGGGAGUUCUUCACUUCAACCAGCCUGGAGCAACAGGUGCUCGACCGUUCCUUCCACCCAGGCAGCCCUUCCUGCAGGCCCCAGGGCAGCCCUUUUUGGCAGCUCACGGACAGCCCAACAUACAGGGUCCCUUACACCCUCCCCUGCAACAGCAGCAUCCGCAGCAUCCGCAGCCACAGCAGCACCCGCAGCAUCCACAGCAGCACCAUCAGCAGCAGCACCACCUCCUUGCGGUGCCUCCCCAGCCUCUGAUUCCAGUUGCCCCAUCCCAGUUCAGGCCUCAUAUGCAGACUUCACAGCCGCAGCAAAGCAGCCAUCGGAUGCAGUGUCAGCAAAGACAGGGUCUGAUGAAGCCCAGGCAUAACACAGCAACACAGAAUAUUGUAAAGCGUCCAAAUCAGCAACUCCAGUCAGGGGCUCCAAGAAACAGCAACUUGCGUGAAUUGCCAAUAGCACCACUGCAUGCCAUCGAGGCUACUAACAACCGCCGAACCUCAGCUCCGGCUGCUCAAGUAAAGCCCAUCACCGGUACCACUCCUGCCGUGAGGCCUGUUGUAGGCAUCAAGAACCAGCCGGGAAGGCCAGAGGCGAAACCUCGAGCCGCUGCUCCAGUGGUCCAGCAACCCAAAGUGGAGGUCAAAUCUGAACCAGAGUUUCCAGAUGAAGAUGAAGAAACCAGGCUCUACCGCCUGAAGAUUGAAGAACAGAAACGGCUAAGAGAAGAGAUCCUGAAGCAGAAGGAGUUCAGGCGGCAACUCCAGGCUGGUGCUCGGAAGAGGGAAUUGCUGGAAAGGCUGGCGCAGCAACAGCAGCAGGGUGGUUCUUCUAUGCAGCAGCAACCGCAGGAGGAGGAGGCUUCACAGUUGCCCACCAAUGGAAACCCUUUGCUUCCCCUUCCUAGUGCACAGCCCCGCCAAAAUGUGAAAUACAGGCUGAUGGUUAAAAAGCCAGACCAAGUAGUUCCAAAUCCCCCCGCUGUUCAACCUAAACCCACAAACAUUCUGCAGGCUGGGGAGAAUGUGCAAUUUCAAGGACAGCAAAUAAAAACAGUAAAGCAGCUAAGACAGACUAGGACAGUACCAGAAAAUGAGGUCCAGCUGUUGCACAAAGGGUUGCAAAUAAGGCCUGCUGCAGCGCAUACGAACUCAUCUCAGAUUGCCCGGGUGGCGUCGGUGCAAGGCCAGCCUCAGGAACUGAAGCCUGGGGUGAAACGAACUGUCAUGCAGCGGGCAAACAGUGGUAGUGGAGAUGGGCCUCAUGUCGGCACCAAAGUCAGGGUGAUUAAAUUGUCAGGAGGGGGUGGUGAGAACGUUGGCGUUCCUCACUCAGAGGGGCCCCCCCACCGGCUGCAGCAACCCCCAGAGCUGAGACAUCAGCCAGUGCGGAAAGUGACAUUGACUAAGGGAUCAGUCCAACAGCUGAAUCAGCCCCAUCAGCACCAGCUGGCCCAGAUUCACUCAGCGGUUCCUCAGGGGCUGAAAAACAUCCCGGGAAUUCAUCAGGCUAAAAAGGUCAUUAUGCACGGGAGAGGCCGAGGCGCUGUGGGCCAGAUGGGCCGAGGCCGCCUGAUGCCGAACAAACAGAACCUGCGUGUGGUAGAGUGCAAACCUCAGCCCUGCAUCGUGUCAGUUGAAGGGCUUUCUUCAUCAACUACGGAUGUCCAACUGAAAAACCUGCUGAUGUCAGUAGGACCCAUUCAGAGUUUACAGAUGCUUCCUCAACAGCGAAAGGCCAUAGCAAAAUUUAAGGAGCCAGCGGAUGCUUUAAAAUUUCAACAGAAGUUUCACAGGCAUAUGAUAGAUUUGUCCCACAUCAAUGUGGCACUGAUAGUGGAGUGACCUAUGGAAGAUGACGGGUCCAUAUACUACAGGUGGCGUGCUUUGGAGGAAGCCACGAGGGCAGGAUCUCCCUCGAGCAAUUCGAUUCCAUUUAACCUUCAGAGUACUUUGUUGAUGCUACAGACAGCAAAAAGCAUUGCUGCAAAGGAAGCCAAACGUGCAAGGAUCACGGAACAGGGUUUCCACCUUGGCUUCGUCUUUUACCAUGUAAACCUGUGGGAACCGCAGGGUCCCACGCCCUGGAGCGCAACGCACCACGCACGUAGAUGUUUCUCAAGAGAUGUACUAUGUGAUCACAGUGACUCACACUGAGAGAACAAUAACUUUGCAAAGAUGUUUUUAACGUUUAUUCAUAGCAAAGAAUACUUGAUAAUGGUUGCUCUUAUCUUCAGUGAGGGGUAUUGAAAUGACAAUGCGCCCACACGCACCUUUCAUAGCUAAGCGUGUAGGGGCAUAUAAUAUGUAGAAUAACAUAUGGGCUACUUAAUUGCUUGGUAGUUUGCCACGGGGCGAUGAAGCUAAUUCUUGGAAGUUCUUAUUGCUGGUUGGGUAAAUGCAACACAGUCUCUGCAGCAUGGACUCCAUUAUAUUCUCUCAACCUUCUUUCCUCUCCGGUGCUUUCUUACAGGAAUAACUUUGCCAAUUCUCCCUCUUGGCAUAACAAGCAUCUUUUAUUUUACUUUUCUGGAGUCUCUGAGACCAUGCCUCUUUGCAUCCAUUUAUAUAGCCUAGAUUACUUUGAAAGGGGGCUUACAAAAUGCAUGGGGGGGGGAGGGGAGAGCUCUAAAGAUUCAAGUUGUUCUGAUGCUAAUAGAAGCCCACAAGCAAGGUGCGUCCCUGGCAGCCUGUUGCGAGUUCUACUGCUUGUGCUCAGUCCACUCACUGUAAUCCAUUACUUGGAGAUCGUCUCUUGCUGAGAUGUUCUCUCUCUGCUGAUGUGCUGCAAAGACGGCAUAAAUGGCAGAGGCUGUUGAACUGUACUCUGGUGCUCCCCCCUCCAAGGUGAAAUGAUGAUGGCAUUUGCUUCCUAAAGGCUUAGGGCUGUUCCAGAGAUUAUGUACAGAUUUUAAGGAAGUUGGGUGGUGAUAAUAAGUAAAGCUUGCCAUUGUUUCCAAAGGAAGGCAUUUUGGUACCAGAAACUGCUUUGCAUCCAGCCUCAGGGGUCUUCUAUAAGUUAGACCUGUACUCACAUUUCAGUACUUCUGUAUUAGUUGAAAUAGAUACUCAGAAGGACCUGUAAGAAUCGGUAAUUAGAAAGUGACUAAGUAUCUUUUGUAAAAAAAAUUAUGGGAUCUAGUUUUGUUUUGUUUUUUAAAUGCCAGCACAGGGAAAAGAAGAGCCAGCUGAAGAAUGUUGCUCCUCAUAAGAACUGUAUAUGUUGUGUGUGAAUCUUGGACUGUAUAGAAUUUGAUUUAAAGAGAAGGUUUUUAAAUUCCCAAUUGAGAUGAGAUUAAGGCGAGAUUAUCAAUAUUGGGGCAAUAUCGCUUGCUCCCAGCCCCCCAGAAAUAUUACAGGAAUAGUUUAAUUGUAGAUGAUAAAUAUUGUUGACUUAAAGUAACUUGCAGGCAUGACCUUUGACCUCAUGGAGUGCACAUCCUUGAACAUGCCACAGAGGUGAGUUUUAUCGUUAAUCCGGUCAUUUUGCUUGCUGAGGCACCAGGCAUCUUGGGUUAUGAGGAAUCAACAGUUUUCCUCUGCUCAGGAACAUUUCCAAAAGUUAAACGGAUCUUAAGAUCAGAAUAAGAACACCACACAUGGCUGAUUAGACUGUGCCACCUUUCAGUGUAGCUUUAGUUCUUUUGCAGACUUUAAACCUGCCUGCCUUAUGUUGUAUUUAGACUCAGAUCACAAAAUUACAAUAUCACUCUGAUGUUCAGGAACUGCUUCUCCAUAAUAAAUAGGUUGGGCAAAAUAAUAUCCUUAUGGCAGACUGGAUAGAGAGGUGGAAGAACUGCAGGGAAUGUUGGCAACUCUCAGGAUCUAGGCUCAGUGGUAAACUCAGACUUCAAUGGUUUGGCUGAGGUUUAAAAGCUAAGUUACGUGGUGAAGGAUGGGGUGUUACCCAAAUAGGAAGUCCAGUUCAGUUUAGGACAUUCCCUUCUGUUGCUACAAGAGAUGCCUUUGGACUUGUACAGAAAUAGUCAUUUUUUAAAAAAAACAUUUAAAGGUUUGAAUCUCUUGACUGUGAUAGAAUAGUGAUGGUAUGGCAUUUAAAAGGCUUCUGUAUAGGUAGAGUAGGCACACUGGGCUGACAUCACAUUAUGGAGGGUAUACUAUGCUCAGUCUGUGUUUGUAAUUGUGCGUGUGCACGUACAUAGAUGUUUUGGACGUUCAGCACUUUCAACUGGAUCUUUCCAGUUUUGAUUAUGGAAAAGGAGCGAGUUCUCUAUAUGCUUGUGGAUUCUUCCCUUCUGUAGCUGGCAGAAGGAGUCCCAUGCUCUGGGUGGCAGGCACCCAGCCCCUGGGUUACGUAAUCAUUGGGAGAGUGUAAUGCAAUUUCUGGACUUGUGCUAACUUAGCAGUGGUUUUGUUAGAAGGAUCGGAGUGUGGCUGUUCUCAGUUUGAGGUGCCUUCUGCAAAAAUUGCAGUAAAAGCAGGACGCCCCCAAAUGCAACACAUCACAAUUUUUGCAGAAGAUCUGUUGCAACCAUUAUCUUGUUCUUUCUGUAUCAUGCAUUUAAAAUAAGAUGCAAAAUGCAGGAAUUGCAUUUCAUGUAUUAUGUAAAUAUCGGACUUUUAAACGAACUUUAAUGGAGAUAUUCAAAAGUGCUUACUCUUCGAUCACAUCAAAACUCUUGGGGAGGGAGGGGAUUGAAAGCAGUUGUGUUGUCUUAACAAAGUUCAAUGGACACAGUUCCAUAAAUGUUCACUUUUUUGUGUAAUUCUUCAAUUUUUUAUAAAGAUGCUAGUAAGUCAAUACAUACAUCCUGAUCUGUGUAUUAUUUGUUCAUAAAGAUUCAAAAACUUUAAUUUGGUAUGGAUAUUUUAGUCCAUAUUUACUGUGGGUGAAAUCAAUUUUUUUUCUCCCUUAGAGUAACAUUUGUUUUAAUUUUGUGGCAUUUUCAAAUUUGCAUUACCUUUCAUGACCUUCUUAAUGAAAAACUGCAGCAAAAUGUUGUGCAAUAUUGGAAGAAUGCUCUUAAUUACAGUUUAACAGUUAAAGUUUAAAUGGGCAAUACUUUUUUCCCAGUGGGAGAUGCAGGGGGAGGUUUUUAUUUUGGUCCUAGAGUCCCUUUUUUUUAAAGAUCCGGGCACGUUUUGGGAAUUCUGUUUGAUAAGGUACAUAGGGUUAUUUCCUCCUGAAUUAUAAUGCUUCCAUCAGGACUAAAAUUAGAUUGUUUUUUUCAAUUCAUUCUGGUCACAAUAUUCACAGUACCACUGUUCAUAAGAGUGCUGAAAUUAUUGGUCCUUCGUAAUAUUAAGAGUGUUUUUGAAAUAUUGAUCCUAAAGAAUAGGAGAGAUGGUCAGCUGAAAUCCAUUUCAAAUGCUACAUACAUUUAUUUCUGAUUCUAGCUCCUUAAAUCAUUGAGGUAAAAAGAUGAAUAGUUAAGAUUUAACUGAACAGAGGGGGGAUGCACGUAGCUACCAUAUUGCCAUAGGCUGAUAUAGUUAAAAAUACAUUGUCCUGUGGAUUGUAGCAUUCGUGUUCUAGGGGCCAAAACUAGAUAAAUGAGGAUUAGAGAUUGGGAUGAGUUUAUAAGAUUAUUUUUAUUGGAAAAUGUUGGCACUAGGUGACAUUUCCCUUUCAUUCAUUAAUGGUAGCUUGUUGGUAUCAGAGUGCCCCCUGUGAUAAAGUCCAAAGAUAACUGUAUUUGUUUUCAGUGGCCAAAUUUUAUGCGGUGCUAUCUUUGUUUCAUUACCAAGACAACGUGUAUAUCUAAAGUAGUGACCUCAGAAGAAUAAAGGGGGGGGGGUGACAUCUCGUGGUGGUAUUCCCUGUGAUAACCAACAGUGUCAUUUUUAUUUUUUCCAUUCUUUUGAUUUGUGACUUAUGUCUGCAGUUUGAUAACUAUUUUCGCAGCAAGGUUUAGCCUGAGGCAUGGAUGACAUAAGGAAUCCAGGCUGUUGUAUGUAGCAUACACUUCAGAUACUAGUUCAGAGAUUUUUUUUUUUUUUGUAUAUCCUUGAGUUAGUCGACUUUAGUUGAGUGGCAUCUUCCACCAAUCUCUCCUGUGUACUCAAUAGUAUUAGGAAAAGUGAUAGUGUCUUUUGCCUUAUUUUUGGCUUUUCUGGGUAGACUCCAGAUGUCCUAAUUAUCUUCCUUCCUUGUUUGCUACAUAAUUCUUUCCAUUGGCCUUCUGUUGACGUGUGCUUUACUCAAAUGGUAGGCUGUUAGUCUUGUAUUCUUCCUGAUGGCCUACACAUCUGGGUUUUUUUAUCAGCUGCUCAUAAUUUUCUUACUGUCUUCUUAACUUUAUUUUGUAGCAGCAAUUACAGACAAAACAAAGAGUUCGAAACCUCUUUAAAUAACAUCAGAAGGUGCAAUUAGAUUUUAAAGGAGCACAUCAUAACACACCUCUAGGCUCAACAUGUUAGAGUUUGCCUGUGGAAUGUUGCAUUAGCACUGCUGUUAAAUAUCAAAAUGAAUUUCAUAAUAGCAAUACUAUGAUAGUAGUAUUGCAAAGUGUUAGAUCCUAUGGAUUUUUGUAAGGGUUUUUUGUACCCUAUAUAUUUUUUAUUCAACACAUUAGCAACCUAUUAUCUACAUAAGCCUUAGGGGGCUUUAUGUAUAGACCCCAGAUUCAUAUUGAAUCUCAUGUAUACCAUCUUCUGGUAUAAAUGUGGUUGGGAAGGAUUUUAUUCCCAGUUUCCAUGUUCAUCUUGGUAAGAAUGUCCUUUUUCACAUCACAUGUGUUUGGUGAGGUCAAUUCUUCUUGAACACCGUCACCGCUCUUCACCAUUGGAUUGGAUGUGGGUCUAAAAAGGCAGUCUGUUAACAUGUGCUACUUUUCCAGCAGAUCCUUGUUAGCAGGUAUUCAUGCAUAUUGACAAUCUGGGAGAUUAAAUCUAUUAGAACCAAUGGGCAAAUUAAAUGACGUGUCAGGUCGUCUUUUAAAAAAUGGUGUUGUUUGAAAUUAUAUAUGUAAUUUUGAAAAAAAACCUAAAUUGUAAAAUUUACCUCAUUCUUUAGUCACUUGUUUUAACAUGCAUAGUAGUUUUCUUCUCUGCUAUUUGUAUGUAUCUAAAAAUGAAUAUCCUUUGAUUUUAAAUAAUUCAGUAAUUUUCUUUACAGGUAUGGGGAGAUCACGGAGUUGAUUCCUAAACUCCUUCAGGAUUUGGCUUGGAAUAAACACAUUUUUUUUUACAGGCCUAGCAGAUACAUUAAAUUCAUUUAUUUACAGAGGAUCUUUGGGCUUGCAUAUUUCAUGAGGUGUUACUAAUGUUUUAACAGCAUUUUUCUUUUCAAUUCCUGUUUUAUUUUUUAUCAUCUCUUUAUUAGGCUGUGAGGUUGAGGCUCACCCAAGGCCACCCAUUUAGCUAAGCAUCCUAAAAAUCUGAACUUGGUUCUUUUGGGUCCAGAUCUGCCACUGUACAACAUUUUCCUGCUGUUUGACCAGGGAAUAGCAUCAUCUUCACUUUCCUCUUAUUCUCAUAGUUCUUUCUUCCCAUUUAGAAGACUAAUAGAACAUACAGCGGAACCCAGAAGUUUUCUUUUGGGCCAUAAUGACACUUGGCAUGCAGUCCUAGUUGUUCCCUGUUCGGAGAGCAAAUUGCAGAGUGGUUCCAUGGGAGCCCAAUAUAGCCCUCCCGCCUCCACAUCAUGUGAUCUCUGCAUCCAUCCUUGCAUAUAAUGUCAAUCACAUCAGGUGAGCCCCUACUGUGCCUCAUAUUGAAGCACUCGGGUGACUGGCUCCUCCCUGAGUUCUCUACACAGUGGAAUACCUGCUUCUGUCUAACUUAGGAGUGCUGGGAGACCUGAGGAUAAUAGGCUGCCUUAUAACAUCCAUCUAUGAGGCCAUUUGGCCCAAUACUGUCUCCUUUGACUGGCAGCAACUCUCCAAGGUCUUGAGCAGAGGCCUGAGAUUCUUUUAACUGGAGGUUCGAGAUGUGGAACAUGGGACUGCCUGCAUACCAAGCAUGUACUGUACCAUUGAAUUAGGGCUUUUGAGUGGAUCUCUGAGUACUUCAGUAUGAGGUGCUAGAGAGACUUAAGCUGAUGAAAAUUCAGGGCCUUUAGCAUAGCAUGCAGAGGGAGCUCUACCAGCCUCCAACUGAGUCACUUUGGACCAAACGUUCAUCAUACAAAACGGGCGCGAUUGCACUCAUGCAGCUUUCACCAGAUCAAGCACCAGUGGCAUUCUCCCUCUACUGGGAGGGUGGGGUCCAACUGUCCAUAACAGUCUUUGGCAUGGAGGUGAAAUCAUGUGAGCUCCAUGAGUGACACUAGUCUUGUAAUCCAUGGCUAAUAAGACUACAAGAUCUCCAUGCCCCAACCAUGAUUGGUGAUCCACCAUUUUUGGAACCAUUGGCCUAUGUCCUUAAUAAAGCACUCCGAACAAUAGUUUAGGACAUGUGGAUGUUUUCAUGUCCUUGGAGAAGGUUGGAGUAUUUGCAAAUGUUUAUGAUACAGCUGAGGUGGAAUUUAUUGAGUUUUUCUUCCCCUUUACAGACUUUUUUUCCUCCUAUGGGAAUGUUGUGAGGCUCUUAAUGUAGAUUUAUUAUCCAUACAGGCAAGUGGCACCAGAUCCAAAGGCAGCACUGGUAUAUCUGGCAGUACCUGGAGGAUGCGCCGUUGCUAACCUCUUCUCUUUCCUCCCUCUUCCUUUUUGCAGGCUCUCCUAGUUCUCCCUGAACUCAGUGGUAGUGAUAGCUCUGUAACACUUACCAUGUAGCAAUAACAAGAACCUGUUGAUCCAUUUAUUACUGUGACUGAAUGUGAUCCUUCCUAACCUGUAACCUCAUGAAAUGCUGUGUAGACUUGAGUGUAAAUGGCAUUGCCAUUCAAACUUGUACUGCUCUAAUUUGGACAGUGAAGCUUGUAUUUAUUAAGAUAAGUUCCAAGAGCUGGUUCAUGUGUCAUGACACUGUCUUCACUGGGGUUUACAUCUGUCUCUGGUUUUCUGCCAUAUCCAAUGCCAACGUUGUUUUACAUCUCCUUGAAUGUAAUCCGUAUGCCUUUUCGUGCCAAGUUCCUGGUGCUUGUUUUACAAGGUUUCUCUGGAGUUUGUUGACAUGGUAUGAAUUUAUGGAGAAAACUAAUGUGUAAGCUUGUGAUUCUAGAUUUCAGAAUGUCCUUAUGCAUUUAAAUUUGCUCAAAUAUCCUUGUGCAAUUAAACUUACCCACUGUAACUUUGAAACGUGUUAAUAAAACCCCUUCCU